AUGCACAUCAAGACUGUACUCGUCUUUGCGGUUAUUGCUGCUGUAGACGUUUAUGGGAGCCACAGUCAUUAUCAUGGACCCAUCGCUAUCCCACAUGUCCUCCACAACGGCUACCUAGCAGACACCCAUGAAGUAGCAGCGGCCAAGAGCGCUCACCUUGCUGCCCUGGCUACACAGUCUCACGGUCACGGAUAUGGAGGAGGCUACGGUUAUGGAGGAGCCUACGGUUAUGGAGGAGGCUACGGUUAUGAAGGUAGCAAUGGUUAUGGAGGAGGACAUGGAUAUAACCAGGAUGAAGUAUACAGUGGCUCUUAUGGAGGUCAUGGAGAUUUCAGGUAUCACGGACCAAUCGCUAUUCCUCAUGUACUCCAUAACGGACACAUCGCAGACACUCAUGAGGUUGCUGCUGCUAAGGCUGAGCAUUUCGCCGCUGUAGCCAAGGCCAAGGCUCACGCAGGAUACGGGCAAGACUACAGCGGACGAUAUGCAGGAGGAUAUGGCGAGUAUACUGGAGCUUACAGUGGAGCGCACUAUGUCGUUCCUUACCACGGACCUCUCGCCAAGCCGGUCGUGCUCAAGUCUGGAUACCUGGCAGACACUCAUGAGGUCGCAGCCGCCAAACAUCACCAUCUUGAAGCCCUCCACAAGGCCAGUUACUAUGGUCAUCAACAUCAUCACUACUGA